AUGAAGCGGUCCGUGAGUUUAAAAGUACAGCUUCCUUCUGUCGUGUUUGUCUCGGAGGUGGUCUUCCUAGCCCUGUACGCUGUUUCCGUGACAUACAGCGAUGACGCGGAUGCGGCGCGGCAAGACAACACCACCGAGCCAAUGACCAACUCUCUCUACAAGGACUACCCGUUCUUCACCGAUGUACAGGUGAUGAUCUUCAUUGGCUUUGGCUGCCUCCUCGCCUUCCUGCGACUCUACGGGUACGGCGGCAUGGCUUUCAACUUCCUGGUGGCCGCAUUUGCAAUCCAGUGGGCCAUUCUAGUUCAAGGCUACUUUCAGUUUUACUCUGAUGGAAAGAUCCGCCUUGGGGUGAUCAACCUGCUGAGUGCUGAGUUCGCUUGUGCCGUGGUGCUCAUCUCCUUUGGUGCUGUGCUGGGCAAGACUAGCCCCGUUCAGCUGCUUGUCAUGACCUUAUUGGAGGUACCAGUAUUUGCUGUUACAGAAUGGGUUGUUCUCAAGUAUCUGAAGAUCAACGAUGCUGGUGGGUCCAUUCUCGUUCACCUUUUCGCCUGUUACUUUGGGUUGGGUGUCACAUUCGUCUUGUACCGGCCGAGCCUCAACAACGGCCACCCUAAGGAAGCCACCGGCUACCAUUCCGAUAUCUUCUCAUUGAUGGGAACCCUGUUCCUCUGGGUAUUCUGGCCCUCCUUCAACUCAGCCAUGACCUUCAAGGGUGAUGACCAGCACCGGGCCAUCCUGCACACUUUCAUUGCCCUCAGCUCAUCCACCCUCACGGCCUUUGCACUGUCUGCUAUGCUCAGCAAGAACGGCAGGCUCACCAUGGCUGACAUUCAGAACGUCACCCUAGCUGGAGGCGUGACCGUGGGCGCGUCUGUUGACAUGAUGAUCUCUCCAGCGGCGGCGUACGGGCUGGGCGUAGCCGGCUGCAUCGCUUGCAUGCUCGGCUACAGGUACCUUACGCCUUUCCUGGCCCGCCACUGCAGGAUCCAGGACCAGUGUGGAAUACACAACCUGCAUGGCCUCACUGGGCUCAUAUCCUGCCUGGCUGGAAUUUGUGCCAUCUUGAUGCCUGGCUUGGGUCGCACCGCCCACGAGCAAGCACUCUACCAGGUUGCUGCCAUGUUUGGUACCAUCGGGGUGGCCGCAGUGGGCGGCAUCAUCACGGGUCUCGUGCUGAAGCUGCCCUUCCUGGCUGCUCCAUCCGAUGAGUUGUGCUUUGAUGACAAACCAUACUUCAAUGUGCCCAGCGACUACGACAACAUGGCAGGUCUUGAGGCUCCCUCGGGGGCUACCUUAGACAAUAAGGUCUAA